GACGUGUCAUGACGCAUGUCCUUUUUUUUGCGCUUGAAUGACCAAGCUGUUCUUGCUCAGCUCGUUGGUUGUCAAGGAAACAUAUUUGGAGCAGCUUUCAUCCGGGAACCUUGGCGUCCUGGUGGUGAGCUGAGUCGCUUUUCGCUCAGCUCCGGGGGGGGAAAAAUGGAAGAGUGGGUUGUGGAAGGGAUUGCUGGCUUCCUCAGCAGUCCGUGUUGGAUUAUUCCAGUGACUGAUUUCAUCGAACAGAAUUGUGCAGUUUUUGACGAUGAAGAAGAAAACAAGUUAUCUUAUACAGAAAUCCAUCAAGUUUACAAGGAUUUGACACAUGAUGCUGCAGUAAUAAAGAUGACUUGCUUCCUGACGGUUGAACAAUUGUUAGAGAGCUAUGUCCAAGAUGUUGGCAUCCAGGAGGACCAGUUUUUAGAAGCCUGCAAUUCUCCACUUGCACAGUCUGAGUCAUUUCGGCCUGUCUUCCAACCAGUACUAGCUGCAGACGAUUUUCAAGUCUUUAAGUCAUUGAUGUUGCAGAAAAAUGUAGAAUUGCAAUUACAAGCUCUUCGAAUGAUUCAAGAGAGAAAUGGAGCUCUCCCUGAAUGUUUGACGGAUGGAGAGGAUAAGAUCAGUGAACUGGAGCAACAGGAACUUAGAAUAUUGAGAGAGGUGCUAAAACAAUCUAAAGAUGAAUAUGAACAGGAGAUGGCAAAACGAUGUGUUGCAGAAACAGGAGCUAAAGGUGGAAUAUUAAUACAAAGUGACUUGGAGAAAGCAAUUGUGGAAAGUGCAGACAAAGAGACAGCACGACUAUCCAGACAACACCAACAAGGAAAGGAGAAUUUGGAACGGGCUGUUCAGAAAUCUUUACAAAAGAGAGCAUCAACAAGAGAAGAUGCAGUUGCAUCCACAAGUAACCUAGAUGAGAGAUUUACAAAGUCAGGGCAAACAGCACAAGCUAUAUCAUCAAGCAAGUUGGGUCAUGAUCAUCAAUGCAGCUUGUCAGGACAAAACAAUAGAAUAUCCAGAGAAGCAUUAGGACCAGUACGUGCACCGUUGAAGGGAGAAUUGCCUUUUCCUUCAGAAUCAAUAGAAAAAAAGGCAAACCAAAGUGAUGCAGCAGAGACAUGGCUACAACAGGCAAAAAAGGAAGCGGGCAUUUUGGGUUCUGUUUUGGAACUUUCUGAGAAUGAGAGGAAACAACUUCAUGAACGUGCAGCAUAUCUUAAAGAACAGCGAGAUAAAUUAGUGGCAAUGAAGAAAGAACAGAGGGAGAAACAUCUACCAAAAAAUACAGAAACUCAGCAUGUACCACCUACACUAGAAACCAAAGAGAUGUCUGAAGAAGAAAAACAGAAAAUUCAGAAAAGGAAACAUUUGGCAGAAAAACUUAAACAGGAAGUUAUCAAAAAGUAAAAUGUGGGCAGCAGACUUUGAAGAUUCUAAAUCCAUCACUUUGAUUGAGAGAUCUACAAUAUUUCAUGGAACUGCAUUAAAGUUGAAGCACUAUGUAUGACUGUUACCAAUGAAUUGCAGAUGAUAUUGAAACACUACAGCAAACAUUUGAAUUAGCUUUCUAUCUUUCAAAUAAUUUAUAGGCUGCACUAGUAAAUUAAAUUGUUUGCCACUUAGCAUGCUUAAUGGUACUUAUUGUUCUUGUGUAGUUCAAAAUUAUUGUUGCAUGCAGAAUACUAACUUUUAAUUAUCAUCUCAUUAUUAACCACAUGCUUGUGUAAUAAAUGGACUUAUCCCA